CCCGCUCCGUCAAGAUUGAACACUAUUAUCCUAUUCGUCACUGAACAAAUAUAUUAAUUAUCUUCUGACCUCUUUGUAUUUUAUUUCGCCAUGCAUAUCGUUGCUCAACUUCAGCUCCUCGCAACCAUUGGGCUAGCUACGGCACUCAACCCAAACUGCGCCCCUGGAGGCAACAUUGAUCUGUCCAAGUUCACGCUGCAGCUUCCCAGUGGCUCAGCUGGUCACCCAGACCAAAUUUCUUCGGCCCAGCUCAAGGGCUGCAACGGUUAUCAGGGACAGUACUUCUCUACCGACAAGACCGACGGCAGUGUGGUCUUCAAGGUACCAACCUUUGGUACCUGCGUGACAACACCCAACAGCAAGCACUGCCGCUCUGAGCUUCGCGAGUCUAGCCCAUCGAGCUGGAGCCCCAAUAGCGCAACCAACAGACUCUUUGGGGACCUCAAGGUUGUCAAGGCUAGCAGCAGCUCCAUCUGCGUGGGCCAAAUUCACAUCGACGAAUCGGUUUCUGUCAAGCCUGUUGCCGAGCUUUACUAUCACGCAGAUGGUUCGCUUACUUUUGGCGUAGAACAGACACGCUCAGGUGGUAAUCAGAAGGUGUUUAACGUCGGCAAAGUCACGCCCGGCGCACGCUUCACCUAUGAGAUCCGCUACGAGAAGAAUGUCUUAUCUGUUAGCCUCAAUGGCAAAGCCGCAACAACUUACUCUACUUUCCAGCUUAAUGCUCCUCCUAGCUAUUUCAAGGCUGGUAAUUACGACCAGGGCUCUGACGCGACCGAGGUUCAUUUUUAUGGCGUGACCAUCACACAUUAAUUGAUGUCACGCAGAUCCAUGGUUGGACUUUCGCGUAUAUAUAGAUUUUCAAGUAUAUAGUCCUAAUGAGCAAAUUGCCAAGAUAUCUUCUGUGGGAUAUGUGUUUA